UUUGACAGAACAGCCUUGCCAAGCUACAAGGGAAACGCUUUCAGUAGAAAUUUGUAUAUUAUUGAACGUAUAUUGUAAGGUACUCAAAAAAUAGGCUCCUGGUGGAAAGGACGCAAUGGGAGACUGCAGUGACCUUGACCGGCAGAUUGAACAGUUGCGGCGGUGUGAGGUCAUCAAAGAAGCAGAGGUUAAAGCUCUCUGUGCUAAGGCAAGAGAAAUACUAGUAGAGGAAAGCAACGUACAAAGAGUUGACUCGCCCGUCACAGUAUGUGGAGAUAUUCAUGGGCAGUUUUAUGACCUGAAAGAAUUGUUUAAGGUCGGAGGAGAUGUACCAGACACUAACUAUCUCUUUAUGGGAGAUUUUGUUGACAGAGGUUUCUAUAGUGUAGAGACUUUUCUGCUUCUUUUAGCAUUAAAGGUACGAUAUCCUGACAGAAUAACAUUGAUCAGAGGUAAUCACGAAUCGAGACAGAUCACUCAAGUUUACGGCUUUUAUGAUGAAUGUCUAAGAAAAUAUGGUUCUAUCACAGUUUGGCGGUAUUGCACAGAAAUUUUUGAUUACCUCUCCUUAUCAGCUAUUAUUGACGGAAAGAUAUUUUGUGUACAUGGUGGUUUAUCCCCGAGUAUCCAAACCCUAGACCAAAUUCGUACCAUUGAUCGAAAACAAGAAGUACCCCACGACGGACCUAUGUGUGAUCUGUUAUGGUCUGAUCCUGAAGAUACACAAGGUUGGGGUGUGAGUCCAAGAGGCGCUGGUUACCUCUUUGGUUCUGAUGUUGUAGCGCAGUUCAACGACACAAAUGGCAUUGACAUGAUUUGCCGUGCACAUCAGUUAGUUAUGGAAGGUUACAAGUGGCAUUUUAACAACACAGUUUUAACUGUGUGGUCUGCACCAAAUUAUUGCUACAGAUGUGGGAAUGUAGCAGCUAUUCUGGAACUGGAUGAAAAUUUGAAGCGUGACUUCACCAUCUUUGAGGCGGCACCACAAGAGAGUAGAGGCAUCCCAGCCAAGAAACCUCAAGCAGACUAUUUCCUUUAGGCUGUCAUUAAAUAUUUCAGUUUUGUAUAGUUCCCCCCUUUUUUUUUUUUUUUUCCGUGGGUCAAUGUGUGGUCUUUGUAACCCAAGUUAUACUUUGGCUCUUUUAUUGUUGGGUGCUAAAGAACAAUAAGAUUCCCAGCAUACACCAGAUAACUUACAUGGGCUCAAGGAACCAAAAUUCAGAUAAUUGGAUUUUGUUUUAUUUCAUGAUGUAUUGUGUACGUAUUGUAAAAUAUUAAUUGAAAUAUAAAUGUUCCAUUAACAUUCCUUGGAUUUUGGUUAAUUGUGUCAAAGUCUGAUACAUGUAUUGGUGUGUUUAUAUCAGCCAGCCGGGGUCCUCCUCUCUAGAAAAAACAACAAAACCUCAUAUGUCUCAAUACGUGAGUGGUCAUUCUUUGAAGAACAUUACAGUAUAAGGAUUCCCCAAUAUCUUCUUCACUGCCAUAAAUUUAUUUUUUAAUCAUCUAAAGUUAUUGACAUCUGAUUUAUUAAGUUUUAUCUUGUAUCAUAAUUUUUUUUUAUUAAAUCACAGAAGAUAAUGGUCUACCACCCUAUGGGGAAACUGUGGAAAGCAGAAUUCUUUUUAACAUAUUUUGAAAUAACUAAAUAUGUCAAUGUGGUUUUGCCUCUUGUGUUUAAUAAUAGGGUGCAAAUAUGAUCAUUUCAAAACUAGCUGACAAAUUCUGUGCCUCACAUUUGAAUGAUUGAAUAUUUGGACCUUAGGCUUGAAUAAGCCUGGUUAGAUGGUAACAAUUUUUAUAGAAAUGCUACAUUUACCUGUACUUCAGUCUAUAGAAAUGUGAAAUUUUUUAAACUUCAUGUCAGACUGUUGUUUCCCAUUUCAGCUGUUUGAUGCGGUUUUAAAUUUCUGACUGGUGACAGUAGGGGACAUGAAUCUUGCUUACACUGUAACUCCUUGGGUAAAGUAACUUGCUGGACAAGUAAUGUGGAUAUUAUUGUUGUCUUUAGUUAUUAGCAGCAGGUUCAGAUGUCUAGUAUGUUUUGCUUCCAAUAUAGAACAUUCUUAUAGUACAUGAAGUGUGAAAUGAAGUUAAUGGAAGUGGUGUCCAAGGACCAAAUCUUUAUUGACCUCAUGGGAACAUAUAAAAGUUCCUUGUAUGUGAACCGUAUGGUUAUAUGGGAAUAUUAUCUGCUGUAAUCACUUCAUGAUUAAACUUCACCUGUAAAUGAAGCAUAGCUCAUUGUUCAUCCUGAUCAAUACCCAUCAUUUAGUCAACAGUGUCCUGUGUAAAAACCCUCAAGUGGGGAAGCACUUACAACUGAACCAUUCCAGUGUUUGGAAAUGGUAAAGUUUUGUCCUUAAGAAAAAAAACUGCUGAAACACUAAUUUGGAAGAAAAGUCUGAAUCAAGAAUGAAAUUUAAUCAAACAAAAAUAAUUUCAAAUGUGCUGCCAUUCAUGAUGGAUGUCCAUGAUAAUGUAUGAAGAACUUGCUUGAUAGCAUAAAGUUUGGUCAAGAUAUCACCUGAUCACUAUUAUCUCCUAUAGGUGUUAAAAGCCUUACCUAAGGUGUGGUUAUUGAUAUCCCAUUUUUUGGUAACCCUACAAUAUUCUCUUUUAAUAAACAUAUUCUUGUUAAUAUUUUAAACACUGGAUUUUAGAAUACAACUUUUAUUGUUGGUAUUAGUAAAUACUUAAGUUGACAAUGGGUAUAUAUCCUUUCAAGAUGAAAAUCAACAUAGUUAUUAAGGUAAAGCCAAGCUAAUUGAAGGUAAUCCUGUUUUUCUCAGUCAAAAGAAGACAAAGAAAGGUUUUAGCAGAAAAUCAUUUCCUCGUACAGUUGUAAUUUUAUAAUAAAUCAAAAAUAUUCAAGUAGGAUCAUAUUCAAAUCUUAAUUUUUAAUUUAUCUGCCCAAUGUGUAUACUGAUACAAUAAUGAAAGGGGUACUGCUAAAUUUGUUGUAGAUGUUCAUGCAUUCUGUUGGGAUUUCAUAUACAGUAUUUAAAGCUUUUAUUUUACAAUUGUUGGUGAAAAGAUGCCAUCCUUGUCUAUACUGUAUAGUACAGUACUAUCAAUUGGUGUCAGGUUUCUUUUAUGUGUGUGUACAUGCAUACAUGCUUGUGUGUAUCUGAAAGUGGCGUAAGAUAAGUAAGGAUUUUUUCCAACUUAUCUACUUUGGUGUUCAUAGUAGCAGAGCAUAAUUUGUUUCUUUAGCUUUUAGAAGUAUGGAAAAAAUUCUACUUUAAUUUUUACUUUAAAUCCCAAGCAUAUUCUUCAUUACAUGUAAUAAGUGACUCCCACAUACUGCUGUGGUGCUACAGUGUAAUGUGUAUUAUUAUUAUAUGGUCAAGAAAUAUGGAUGGCAAUCAUGUAAUAUAAAAUAGUGAUUAAAGCACAAAGGGUUAAAUUUUUUGAACAUGUAAACAGAAAACCAGUAUGUAGAGUAAAGAUUAAUUUAAUUGUAAGUUUAGAGAUAUUUGGUAAGCAUUAUUAUCUUUAUAUUAGAUUUUCUCAAGUCUGUUGUGUUAAUCUUGUCCAGGAAGGUCUAGAUUGAUGGGAGAGAAAUGUCAAAACUAGGAGAUUGGGAUGAGACGACUCUUUGCUGAGUUUUUUUUAAUAGAUUUCCAGUUUUUAUUGCACUCAUAGUGUACAAUGUGUUGAAGUUCUGAAGUAUGAAAAUCGGCAGAAAAAGGCAUGUAGGGUGUGGGUUGUAAAAGACAAAAUAUGAGGUUAUUGCUGAUGAUGGUUCAGUUGUGGGAUCUUCUCUAAUGCCAUAGGAAGAGCCAUUACACCACUUGCCCCAUCUCUCUGACUGGUGUCCAGGGUCUAUGAACCUUGGUCAUCCUCCAAUAUGACCCAGUAUUUGGAUGUUAUGUACUGUACAAAGGAAGUGAAUGCUCACAUGCCCCAAUUAUGAAAAGCCUAUUGGCUGUCUCAUUACAAAGAAUAUGAGAUGGACUGUACAUAUUUGCAAGUUGUUAGUUUUCAGCAUGUAUCAAACUUAGUGGAGUUCUUGAAAAUGUGAGAAACAAGAUUAUAUAUGCCAUUGUUUCAUAAUAUGGGCUCCUGUGCAUUUUCAAAUUCUCAGACUCGAACGAUUAUAUCAACCAAGAUCCGUGCAUUUCUCAAGAUGCAUAUUAUUUAACUCUGUAUGAUUAGUAAAUCAAGGUCAGUUUCCUUGUGAAAGUUAAGUAUAUUCUCUUACAGGAGUCGUCAAUAUUUGCAUUGUGUAGAAUGAAUAAACAUUUAUUUUC